ACAAUCACAGCAACAGAUCGCACCGUCUCACAGUGGCAUCAAGGCAGCAACAUACAGCAGGUCGUUUGACACAAUUAACUAAACAGGCUAUGCUAGCAAGCUGAAAGAAACUUCUCGUCUUUGAGAUAGGAUGAGCUUUGGGAGCUUGAAGAGUCUGGUGGCGGAAGCGGCCAUUAGAGGAGUGACCGAGGCAAGGGCAAAUAUAUUUGGGCAUGUACUUAAUCCAACAGGGCAGAGAUCUUCGCACAAGAUCCUACGCAAGAAGCUGAUUGGUCAGAAAGUUGCAGAAUGGUACCCUUAUGACAUCAAGAAAGAUGACCCUCUUGUCAUGGCCCGACAAGAACAAGAGCGCUUAAACAAGCUUGAAAUGUUGAAGCGUCGUGGAAAGGGACCACCGAAGAAGGGCCAAGGAAAGCGUGCUGCAAAGCGUAACAAAUAG